AUGGCGAAUGCCCUACCAAGACGCAUUACGAAAGAAACGCAACGUCUGAUGAAUGAUCCAGUGCCAGGGAUUUCGGCAGUACCGGAUGACAGUAAUGCUCGUUAUUUUCAUGUUAUUAUUGCUGGUCCCGAAGGUAGCCCAUUUGCUGGCGGUGUCUUCAAGUUGGAACUUUUUUUACCUGAAGAAUAUCCGAUGGCUGCGCCGAAGGUCCGAUUUAUGACUAAAAUUUAUCACCCAAAUAUUGACAAAUUGGGACGGAUAUGUUUGGAUAUCCUAAAGGACAAAUGGUCACCCGCGCUUCAAAUACGUACCGUUUUGCUCUCGAUCCAAGCGUUGCUGUCAGCACCAAAUCCGGACGAUCCAUUGGCGACCGAUGUCGCGGAACAAUGGAAGAAUAAUGAAAGUGAUGCGAUACGCACAGCAGAAGAAUGGACACGUACUUAUGCAACUGGUGACUGA